UAGUCACUACACACGUGGUUAGAAAUGGAGGCUGAAGAAGAAUCAAUGGAUGUAGAAGCGAUUCUUUCUGCUCAUCAGAGCAAGUUUAAAUCAACAGAAGUGAAUAAAGAGGUCGAGCUUCAGUUUGAUUUGGGUCGUUUGCUGGCAACAGAUCUCAAUGAAAUUGAAGCACAAUCACUCAAGACCAAACAGAAAGAUGGCUAUCUUCUUAACUUAAUGAGAGACAACACACAGCUAUUAAUCAAUGAGAUAUGGAAGUUUCCAGUUGAAAAUAAUGAUGGCGGUAUCUCUGUUCAGCUUCCUUCUCCAAAGACGGUCCUUCCACGUGAAAAACCGAUACCCAAAGAAAAAGAACCGACGAAAUGGGAGCAAUUUGCCCAAACUAAAGGAAUAGCAAAAAAGAAGAGAUCAAAGAUGGUUUUUGAUGAGAAAAGUCAAGAAUGGAAGCCAAGAUGGGGCUACAAGAGAAUAAAUGAUCCCAAGGAAGACUGGCUCAUUGAAGUCCCAGAUAAUGCUGAUCCUUAUGAGGAUCCUUUUGAGAAGAAAUCUGAAGACAGAAAGGAAAGGAUAGCAAAGAAUGAAUACCAACGUUUGAGGAAUAUCGCAAGAGCUGACAAAAGUGGACGAGUGAAAGCUCCAUUACCUCCAGCGUAUGCUGCAAAGCUAAACAAGCAUCAAGUGACACAUGCGCUUGGUAUGGCAAGAAAAUCGACUGCAUCUAUUGGUAAAUUCACACCUAAACUGUCGAAAGAGCCAGCUGCUAAGAGUGCUGGAAAGAAAAGCAAAUUUCGUCCGGUUGUUGGGAAGAAAGGAGAAGAGAGAGCACUCAAUUUGGAAAUAUUAAAGAAAAUGUCGAAGAAGACAGAUAUUUUGGAUGUGAAGAAGGCCACAAGCAAAUUUAUAUCAGAUGAGCAUGAAAAAGCACAUGCAGAGAAGCAGCAAGGAAUACGAAAAAAGAAAAACAAACAUGUCAGUCACAAAGCAGGAAAGAAACCGGUAAAGUUGAUGAAACAAAAGGCAAGAAGAAAGAAAAGAUGAUCCAAAUACUUUUUCUCUGCAAAUAAAUUACUUUUAUUGUGAGGUGUGUUCGUAAUAGUAUUAUUAUUAUAAAAAAUAACUUUUCGAGUUA